UGGCCUCGGGCAAACUAUGCCUCACAGAGGCUAAUCAAGUAAGACUGAUUAACCCAACUUUUUAUUAUAGUCUACGUGUGCACGCAUGUGUGAGGGUGUCACCAUUUAUUGUAGAUUAAAAUUCUCCCAAGUAAAUGUUUGUCAUUAUAUCCCUCGGGAUGCAUUAGAGCUGCCACCUUCUCGUUUGUAUGACACAUAAACAAUUUAGGCAAAAAAACAAACAAACCCCAAAACCCUUUCAUCUGUGAUUUCUCAAACUGCCCUUUAAACACCUUCAGAUGGGAUGGAUGGAUAAGAUGGGGAUAAAAAAAGGAGUAGUAUGUCAGAUAACCACUACCCUGCUAAUUAUAUCACACAGACUGUCAGAUUCCAAGCAAACAGAAACACUCUGUUGGACACCCACUGCAAAGACCUCAGCUGAUUAAAAAUGAAGUGACAAUUAUUGUAUGAGGAGUUUAAUCAGGAUUUUGUUGUUUACCAAACUUUUAAAUACAGAGAAGCUUCACAGUGUGACUGAUUUGGAGAUUAGUAUGUUGUAAGUAUAUAUAAAUCCAACUUUCCACCUCAUCCUGAAUAUAUUUAAUAUAAAUAAAAAUAACCCCAUCAAAGAUAAUAUUGGCUCCUCUAGCUACUCUGUGACAUGGACAGAUAUCAAAUUCUAGUCAAAUUUGCAUCCAGACGUUCUCAAAGCAUAACUCCUGGAGCAUCGAUACAUGAGUAUUGGCGGUGGUGGUGGGAGUAUCACUGACAUGAUGCGUUUAGGGGCCAGGGAAUAGCAGCAGGCAAGUGAACUGUCAAUCAUUGCUUUCAGUCAUUGGCCAUCUGAGACACAUUCAAACCUUAAAGCCUCCUGAAAGCUUAGUAAAAUGAUUUUCAAAAUCAGUACAAGCAUUUCCCCGGGUCCAGCCCAUUUAACCCCCUUCACUUCACCAAAGUAACUGAUUCAUCUUCUACGGUGACAUGAAACAGCUUCUCAGUUGAAAAAUGAUCGGGCCACCGAGCGUUGUGGGAGGAUUAAUGAAUAGGCAAUACAAGGACCCAAGGAGGAGUAAUACGAAGAAGAUGGAAAAAGUAGUCUAAUUUUUAAUUUUUUUUUCUUGCUCUGAGCCUUUCUUAAAACCAGAUUUUUGUAAUUACAGAGGAUGAGUAUCAACUGAAAAAAGAGCUGUGAUUCAGGUGUCUAUGUUGGACCCAAGAAAAUGGUUUUGGGAGAUGAAAUCUCUUCCCAAAUUUACAGCUAGAGUGGAGGCAGUGUCAAACUGAAAGUGAAAAUUCAUUAAAAUUAACAGUUUGCUUCAUUUCCAGCCAUUGUAGUUGCAGCUUGUUAGAUAAGUUGUGAAAGCCAUUCUGUUUUAAGCCGCAGUAAUGGCCUGGCUCGAGAGAUGGCAGCGUCAGUUGGUAAUUGGUCGCUAAGGGCCGUCAUUGACAAGAAACAAUUGCAGUGUCUCCUGGCAUUGUCAUGUAAAGUGUGAAUUUGUCAUUUAAAUGUACUUUAAAAGUUUAAAACUAAAAAUGAUUCACGGAGAAGUCUUAUUUGUUUGUUGCCGUUGCUGUUAGGUGGUUCUGUUUGCUUACGUUUUAUUUUCUUUUGAAAUCACUCAUCAAUCACUCAACCCAGUUGGUUUUACUUCUGCUCUUUAAUUAGAUUUUUUCCCAGUUUUUCAGCAGCAAUAAUCAAAUCAGCAUUUCUUCAUAUCAAAAGCUCUCAGUUUUAAAAUUAUCUGCUGGUUUCCUGCAUUUGAGUCCUCUAUCUUUUGCCUGGCUUAGUAAAUGCAAAUUCCUGUUUGAGUUCUGCAUACCUUUUAUUAUAAAGGCAUAAUCUUUUUUUUUUCUGCACUACAUGAAAACAUAUAAUGUGAAAAGCCGUUGAAACAAAGGAUGUGCUGCAUUCAUUUCAGAUGUCUACAAAAAACCUCACUUCUCAACCAAAUUUAGCCCACUCUGAUUUUACAGUUACCUGGAUGUCUAGACAUAUUUUGACUUACAAGUCACCAAAUCAGUGCGUACGGGGAUACAAACAGUGCAACAGUGAAGCAAGCUAAACUUUGUUACCAUUAUUAGAAGCAACUGCAACAGUAAGAUCAAAAGUCAGUGCCUUAGAAUAUUCCUGGACUCACAGAGCCGUCAUGUUUGAACAAAUAUUGAGGAGAGAAGCAACGUCUUGGUAUAUGACAGGGAUAAUAAUGCAAAGAGAUAAUGACAGAUAGGUAUGACCAGCCUUGAGCUGUAGCACUUUUAUCCUUGAUUUGACUCUGACUGUAUUUGAGAGUUUGGCCUGAAUAUAUCACAGUAUUUAAAAAGUUAUGUUGCGUAUUCUAUUUAAGUUAAUACACUCACCAGCCCCUUCAUUACCUAAACAUUACUAGCACUGAGCUGGAUCCCCAUUUGUCGUCAUAACUGCUCUAAUUCUUCAUGGCAUAGAUUCAGUAAGGUGCUGGAAACAUGCCUGAGAGAUUCUGUUCCUUAUUGACAUGACAGCAUCACACAGUUGCUGCAGAUUUAUCAACUGCACGUCCAUGUUGUGAAUCUCCCGUUCAUCACAUCUCAAAGAUGAUCUGUUGGAUGGAGAUCUGGUGACUGUGGAGGUCAUGUGAGUCCAGUGAACUCACUGUUGUUCAAGAAACCAGUUUGAGAUGAUUUGAAAUUCUUGACUGCUGCAGCACCUAUUAGGAGAUGGUUACACUGUGGCUAUAAAGGGUUGUCAGCGACAAUACUCAGGUAGGGAAUUAUGUUGCAACUAAGGCACCCAAAGUGUGGCAAGAAGAUAUCCCUCACAUCAUUACACCAGCAGCAGCAGCCUGUACCAUUAAUACAAGGCAGGCUGGAUUUAUACUUUCUUGUUGUUUACACCAAAUUUUGAUCCAACCAUCUGAAUGUUACAGCAGAAACCAAGAGUCACCACAUGACGAUGUUUUUCCAGCCAUCUGUUGUCCAAUUUUGAUGAGUCUCAGUUUUUUGUUCUUAGCUGACAAUAGUAGUACGUGGUGUAGUCUUCUGCUGCUGUAGCCCAUCUACUUCAAGGUUCAGUGUGUUAAGUCUUCAGAGAUGCUCUUCUGCAUUCUUUCUCACUCUUCUGCUCUCCUUGGUUGUAACAAAUGGUUAUUUGAGUUACUUUACCUUCCUGUCAGCUUGAAGCAGUCUGGUCAUUUUCCUCUAACCUCUGGUAUCAACAUGGCAUUUGUAGAUAUCUACUCUUUUUUUUUUUUAGACAAUUCUGUCUAAACCAGCGUUUCAAACAUAAGGCCUGUGGGCAAGAAUUGGCCUGGCAACGACUCCCACUGGACGGCUUUGGAAAAUAUGAAAGUGGGCAUACAUUUUUUAACUUUAUUUUCUAGAAGUUUUGCAGCUUUUCCUGCUGAUUUUCUCUCAAUUUACACAUCUAUGAUGUAGAAAAACUGAGAUGUGGUGUCAAGAUUAUCCUUCUUUAUCUUAUAUUAAGAUAUCUCAGGGAUUAAAUGUGUAGGUGAAGACUGAAAGGUGAGUUUCACUCAUCACCACCCCACUUAAGAUCAAAGUGGGCUAUAUGUGCCCUUCAGUGUAAAAUGAGUUUGAUAUCCCUGCUGUAAACCCUAGAGGUGUUUGUGUGGUAAAAUCCCAGUACACAGCUCAGAUCAGCCCAUCUGGAACAAAUAACAAUGCCACAUUCAAAGUUAGUUAAAUCUUCCUCAUUCCGAUGGCCAGUUUGAACUUCAGCAGGCCGUCUUGACCAUAUCUAUGUGCCUAAAUGCGCUGAAUUGCUAUCAUGUCACUGGCUGAUCAGAUAUUUCCAUUUUAAAGUAGUUGAACAGAUGCACCUAAUGACGUAUCUAGUGAGCGUACAAUGCGUUAUGUAGAUUAUUUAUAGAACAGCACCUGUGAAGACAUUUAUUUUAAUGAACACUUGUUCCUUGCUUGACAUCACAAAUUAAAUGUCUGCUUUAGAAUAAUGGAAACAUUAGUUGACAGUGAUUGCCCAGUUUCUGACACUGAACAUGAACUCGGUUGCCUUUUUGUAUAGCACUACUGAAUGGAUUAGUAGACGACAUUACUUUCCCAAAACACUUGCCUGCCUUGGCAAAGAAACGCAAGUUACCAACUCUGUACUUUAACUGUCAUUUGAAAUCUUCCUGUCUCCUACCUUGCAGAGUGGAAAGAAGAAGUUAUUUUAAAUAAUUUAUCAGUUUUUUCAAACUUCAUCAUCAAACAAAAAUGUAAAAAAAAAAAAGAAGAAAAAUAAAAAAAGAUUUAUGCAAAAACUUUGCUUUUCUUCUUUCUUUCUGCAACAGUGUGUUUAAAGCGAAAUCACAAUGAACUUGGCAAAGGCACAGUCUGCACAAAUGCAGUAUGCAAACAGGACUCAAAAUGUUUGCCAAAGAGCCCUUGUGCACCUGACUGUUUGACAGUGGGAUAGCCCUAAAGCCUCACAGAUUUAGCUGUAACGAACUUCAAAGUCUGCAAGUCUUUGAGUGUGGACAUUGAGAUUGGGUUCAUGGUAUCACAAGACCAUUGUUCUCAUCCCGUUUCCUAUAAAAACUUAAUAUUGCUUCCUUCCUAGCCAUGACCAUGAGCCUUCUAUAUCUGUUAGUAGUUAUUGUAUUUAAAUAUAUAUUGCACUUUUCCUCUUAACAUCUGAACCAUGUAGCAGUUUAGAAAACAUUUUUUUUCCGUCAGUUAUUUGUUACUGAAAUAAGAAAACAAAUAAUAAUGUUGCCCUGCUGACAGGAGCUGUUUAUUAGAAAAUGUAGAAAUGCAUUGUUGUGGAACAAGAUUAUCAAUUACAUAUUUUGUCAUUUCAUUUGGAGGACUUUUUGCAAUUCUUAUGCCUCAGUACGUCGUUCUUGUUACCACCACUCACAGUAAUCAGUUGUAGGUGUUACUUAAUUUCAGGUUUAGCACUACAGAUAGUCAAUUUUUGCACUGACAAACGAAGAAAAUGACUUUAGUGUGGAUUGGCCGCAUCUUGCCAAUAACAGAUCCACUUAUAGUAAUAAGGUCAUGACUGGAUCCAAUAUCGGUUCAGCUGGGAUAUCUCAAUUCCACUUAGAAAUAUAAUUUCCUUGAUCAUGUAUCCAUUAUACACUGUGCUUUAGAAGGCUCAUAACUUUAUUACCUGUUGUACUCACUCAUGCCUUGUGCACCUUGUUGAAAGGUUAAGUGUCUAAAUCAGUUUCCUAUCCACUCUGGUACAUUAAAUCCAUUAUUUUCUAGGGGGAGGGUGUUGUUUUUUUGGGGUUUUUUCAGUGUGUCUGUCUGUGCUUGGAUGUCAGUGUGCCAGAUGUGACAGCAAUAGAUCUCAUUCCAGCUGAAAUGUUCCACGCUGCGCUGGAGUUCAAAUGCAAUAUUUGAUAGCCAGAUUUCACCUCCAGGCUGUGUGUUUGUGUGUUGACUUUAUACUCAGGGGAGAUUGUCACAUCUGUGAGUUUGUCCACAGUCGUUGCUGGGUCAGAUGCUUUGCCACUCUGUCAUCGCAGUUUUUCCCCUCCCUUAUGUUAAGUCUUUUCCUGCUUCUUCUCUGCCUAAAUUUAUCCUUCCAUUUCCCAUAGCUGCCUCUUUUGGAGUGAUUAUUUGUUUUGUUUUGUUUUUUUUUGCAUUUGCUAUUCUUAUCGUUAUUUGUCUUUGACCAUUCCUUCUCGCCCCUCCUUUAUCUUCCCCUCUCAUCUCUCCAUUCCUUCUUCUCAUCUGUCUCUCGCAUGUCUCCCCCUCUCUGUUUCCCCUCUUUACCUACAAGUAGUACUAUUCUAUCCUUCCCCCGCCUCAAUUUCUCAUCCCCCUCUUUCCUCCCUUCACUUCCAUCACUGACCCAAUUAAACAUGGGGAGGGACACAGCAGUAGGAGAGUGACGGAGGUAAGGCAAGAAAGAGAGGGAGGACAGGCAGAAAGAACAGAGAGUUUGAGUCAGCAGCAAGAAAACCAGAGAGUCAGAAAACAAUUGCCACCAACCUGCCAGGACAUACACAGUGCAUUGUCCGAAGUUCACCUGGAACUUAAACCACCUUUGACAGCCUCAGAGGAGGUGGGGGUGGAGUAGCAAGUCGAAAUUCCUGCUGCCACGCACUUACCACUCUCGAAGAAGAAACGAGGAGAAUAACAAUCUACCUUCAGUGAAGACAGCGGGUGGGGAGCUGUGCGGAGUUAGGAUGGCUGAACGCCGGGAUAUAGCUGGAGACUGAGAGGCUGAAGACAAAGACAUUGCAUUCUGGGCUGGAAACUGAGGGAGGGGGGCACGGUUGCCCCUAGGCAAGAGAAAGAUUUUUGGUGAUAGGAAAAGAGGGAGAGGAAGGGGGAAGGAUGCAUCUGUUCUUCCAAGACAAGUGGGAGGUGGAGGGGCUGCAGACUGUGGGUAUCCUCCUGGUGGUCUGCAGUUCCCUCAAACUGAUGCACUUUCUGGGGCUCAUCGACAUUUCUAUGACAGACAGCGUGGAAGAUGACUUUGAGUUAUCCACUGUGUGCCAUCGCCCUGAAAGCAUGGACAAGCUGCAGGAGCAAACUAAGUUUACCAAAAAGGAGCUCCAAGUCCUCUACAGGGGCUUCAAAAAUGAGUGCCCAAGUGGUGUGGUAAAUGAGGAGAACUUUAAGAACAUUUACUCCCAGUUCUUCCCUCAGGGAGAUUCAAGUAUGUAUGCACAUUUCCUGUUUGAAGCCUUCGACACGAACAAAAACGGCUCGGUUAGUUUCGAGGACUUUGUAUUUGGCCUGUCUAUCAUCCUGAGAGGGACCAUUAAUGACCGGUUAAACUGGGCAUUCAACCUCUAUGACUUGAACAAGGAUGGCUGCAUCACCAAAGAGGAGAUGCUGGACAUCAUGAAGUCCAUCUAUGACAUGAUGGGGAAAUACACGUACCCCACCAUGCAGGACGAUGCCCCAAGAGAACAUGUGGAGAGCUUCUUCCAGAAAAUGGACCGGAAUAAAGAUGGGGUGGUCACCAUAGAUGAAUUCAUUGAGUCUUGCAAAAAGGAUGAGAACAUCAUGCAGUCCAUGCAGCUGUUUGACAAUGUCAUCUAAACAUCUGGACCAGUGAGGACACUGGCACCAGAGAGGGGUACGUGUGUGUGGGUGUGUAAGAGGAAUACGGGAUUGAAGAGAGAGAGAAAGAGUCUGAUUCCAUGUGUGUUGCGUGUGUGUGGCUGUCUCCCGACUUGCAAGCUUGUGCUCGUGUCUCUGUUGAGAGCUGAGUCCUGAGGACACAGAGAGGGCCCCCUCCCUCUAACUGGACCCCCCAGUGGCUUCCUCCAAGCAACAAAGGAGAGUCCCCAGCGCCCAUCCUCAUCAUGCAGAACCUUAUGUUUUAUCCCAGAGACACAGAGAAAGCAAGCAAGCAGUGGGCUCACAGCCACCUGCACACCUAACACCCAACCAGCCCCUGCCUGUUUUAUUUGAACUUUUAUUGCUCUUGCUGACGGAGGGACUAUCACAGCCUUUUAAUGGUUGAACUCAGAAGAAGGAUGCUCUCCCAAAACCCUGAUCUCAGAUCACUUUUCCCCUUUCCUCCGUAAUGGCUGAGAGAUGGCAUUGUGAACCUGAUCUUGCCUCUGCGGAUGUGGGUAACACCUUCCUGGAGCCGUUAAGACUCAUGGCUCAUUUGCUGGCCAUACAAAUAGAAAUGAAUCUACAGCCACCUGGUGGACAAGAGAGAAAAAGACACUUCCUGAGGGAGCAACCAACAAACUGGUGAUCCGAGCGAUUCCGUCUUACGGAGGGAGCUUCAAACUCGUUUUUUCCACAAGGGACUGAUUUAAAUAUCGCAUGAUGAUGUCACUAAUAUCUACUUAUGUAUUUACAGAGAUACUCCAAAGUCUGCUCGUCUGUCUGCUGUCCUAGUCAUUCACAGGUGCCUCACCCUUUGCGUAUGUGUGCGUGCAUGUGUAACAGGAGAUGUCAUCUGUCUUACAAAUGUAAGACUCUUGUGACACAACACCCACCUUCAUUCACAAGAUUUCGGUAGAGUAAUUCCCGGCCUUCCAAACUAUUACAAUCCUAACAGUAGUUGUCUAUUGACUGUUGUACAUUUUCUAGCAUUCCCAGUGGUGUGAUAUUAGGCUGUACAAUGUGGGGAUUGCACUAUAAUUUAAUGAGCCGUUUUGACCCUAGCAGCUUCUCUCGACAUGGGAAUGACAUACCACAAUCGUACUAGUCUAUGAAUAUACAUUCAAAGAGAAGUUUAUUAGAUUGCAGAUUGUAUUUGUGAACUUAUUGUAAUCUGAAAUGUCAUGUGGUUGUCACAGGUUCUACCACUUGAAAAAACAAAAGUCUCCACACCCUUUUUGCAUUAAAUCUGACUAUUUCCAUUUCAA